UCUGCACAGCCCAGUUAAACCAUUUUCCAGUUGCUGGGUUUUUUUCCUUUCUUUCUUUUGUUAAAUUAUUUUCGUAACAAUUUGUUCCUUUUUUAAUCAGUUGCAAUUAUUUUCUCUCAUAUUUCUCUCUAUUUUAACUCUACAAAGAAAAGUUGACCAAUCCUUUUAGUCAAAUUUUACUUAUUACAGCUUCUGCCAUCAUGAGGUAUUCUUGUAAUUUUCAUGACCUUUAUUUCUACCAAGUUCAAUUUUCCUAAUUUUAGCCUGAAUCAACUUUAUUUUGCAUUGAUUAUUUUGACUGUGUCCAGUUUUUUCCAGUAACCCAGUGACAGUGUCCUCAACAUCAAAAGUUCAGUAUCUCCAAUGGCUGUGCUUCCCUCCCCCUGCCCCUGGGGUUAUCCUUCGGGGAGGGAGAAGGGCUUCUCUGGAGAGUCCUAGCCAGCCCUUAAUAUUUAGCAAAGGCAUCGCCUCUCUGGGGCUCCUACGCCACUCUACCCACCCCUCUGCAAGUGCCUGACGUGAUGGCACCGAGGGCAGGCAGAGCUCAUGGCUGGUGUGUUCAGGGCUCCCCUGAGGAGCCAGGCACUGAGAGGCCUCAUCUGCUGGGGCUCCGCAGCGACCCAGUGAGGUAGGACAGUGGCCGUCACCCGUCUUACAGGGGAGAUGCCUGAGGCUUUGCAGUUCUGCUGGUCACCCCCCUCACCGGGCUGUGUCUCCGUAAGUCUUCCACACAGACGGCGGUGGGGGCUGUGGGAGGCUCGAGCACAGGGUUGGGGGCCAGGCAGGCAAGAGGAGAUCCGCCUGCUUCCUCCUCGGCCCACCCAGGCCCAGGCCACUUUUCCAGAGGUGAGGGAGCUGGGAGGAGAAAACCCAGAGGAUGAAGAGACUCUCUAAAGUGUGUCUGGUUAGCUUCCCACUGUCCUUUAUCCCCAAGAAAUGAAAUCAACACCUCCCCAAAAUGAACUGAGAAGAUUGUCACUCACCCCACGAACUUUCUGACCCGGAGAGAAGUUCGGCUCCAAGAUCUGCCUAGCGCUCCCCUGCCUUUCCCCAGGUCCUGUUCUAUUGAAAAGUAAUCUAGGCUUCCGAACGCAAUGCAGAAAAAGAUGUAAUUCCUACUGUUAAAUACACAGGAACAUUUCUAAAUAACGAAAAUCACGCGUGACAGAACGUCCUGGGCAUUCCUGUUGUUUGGGGUCACUCACGUAGCUAAGUCUGUUUGCCCUCGCUACAUCAAGGCACCGUAACCACCACAUUGCAGAGCGCCGUCUGGGGCAGUUGACUUAACAUACAGGCUGCGUGCAGUCACGGGCCCCUCAGGACAGGACACUGGCACUCCGAGCAGUCAGACUGGCGAGCCUGGGAACCGGACGCUGGAUGCCAAGGACGCGCCUCCAAACUGAGGUCGGGCAUCCUCCUCACGUGGGCCGCCCUGAAGUCCUGGCCACCGGGGGAGGGCUGCCUGUUUGCUCAGCAGCCCUUAGGACCUGCUCCUCUCCAGGCCCUGCCAGGCGGCCUGGCAGGAAGCCCCCACCCUCCAGCCCAUGCUGAGCUGUGCUCCUGCAGGGGAAUCUGUGCAGCACCAAGCCCCUUUUGGUUUUCCAGAACAGUCUUCUGGAACAUCUUUGUUGCUCCCCUGAGCUCGACAUGGUUUAAGGCACGAUGAGGGUGCCCAGCAGACCCGUGAUUAUUCUUUUAGACUCAGCAGAAAGUUGAACUCCUUCCUUAGGAAGAUUGCUCUACGGGUGACCCUGGGGAACAAGUGAGUGCACGCCUGGUGUUCCGUUAACCAGGAUUUCUUGCUUCGUGGCAUUUAACAACUGAUGGUUUCAGAUAUACUGGUGAGUCCUAGGUUAUUCCCAGCAUCGGGCUUUGUUGUCAAACAGGCUGUUCUUUCUUACUUGGGGUCUUCACACAGGGCCAGUGUCAGCCCCCUCCCCAUGUUACCCAGCCACCUCCUAUUCAUCUCUCGAGCUCUACCCAGAUGUCUUUUUUCUGGAAAGUCUUCCUGCAUAACCUAAUUUAGAGCAGUCCCUCUGUUCUCAUCUCUAAAGCUCUCUGUUCUUAUCACAUUUUAAUUUAGUAAAAUAUGCUCUUAACCCAGGGACUGCCCCUCCGGUAAGGUCAGUGGCGUUGUGAGGUGAUAGGGAGUGCUGGGGACUGCGGAGAGAACACGGCCACCAAGGGCAGUUCCUGCCUGGCUCCGGCAGGGUGGCCCCGUGGGAGUGUGGGCCCAGUGCUACCAGCAGGGAAGCCAGAAAUCUGGAGUUCUUAAACGAAGUUCCCUUCACAUGUAAAGCUGGCAAAUAAUUAUUUUUAGAAACAAUGUAGGCCAAACAAAAUACAUCGGCGGCUCUUAGCUUGUAGCCUGUGGUUUAGUAUCUUUCUUUUCCAAUCAGCUCUCAGCUCCACGGGGACACAUUGUGUCUCUGUGCUGCUCACCACAAUGUCCAGAUCAAACAAAUGAAAAACAGAAAUAGCUGAUGUCCUCUCCCCACAGAGCCCUGGGGUCAGAAAGAAUGUACUGGCAAGGAGAUGGCAUCCCCUCUUCCCCAUCCUCUCUUUUUUGUUGCCUGCUGGAAAUUUCUCCAUCUCCCUUUAAGUCCUCCUCCCGGGCUACCACUGUGAACAUCAUUAUCCUGCACCCUGAAGUCAUCACAAUGGCCAGGUGGCCUCUGGCUCAGGACCCUCUGUGACAUCACCAAUGUCCCAGCCCUGGGUGCCUGUCUCCCAGUUGCAAGGAUAAGCAAACCCACGAUGAGCGACUUCCUCCCCUGCCUCUGCUCACCAUGCGGACGCUGAAAUGGUUCUUGAUCCUGCCUCUGUGCUUCUCCUGCGGCUAUGCCUUCGUGUUUUCUUCUCUGAGAGAUAAGGCCAAAGAACCCCAGGGGAAAGUGCCUUGCGGGGGGCACUUUCGGAUCAGGCAGAAUCUACCAGAGCAUGCCCAAGGCUGGCUUGGGAGCAAGUGGCUGUGGCUUUUUUUCGUUAUUGUGCUCUAUGUGAUACUGAAGUUUCGAGGAGAUGGUGAGAAGAAUAAGGAGCAGAAUCCUCCUGCCCUUCGAGGCUGUCCAUUACGCUCUCCACUAAAGAAAAAUCAAAAUGCUUCCCCCAGCAAAGACUACGCGUUCAAUACCUUAACCCAACUCGAGAUGGACCUUGUGAAAUUUAUGUCCAAGGUGCGGAAUCUUAAGGUCGCCAUGGCAACUGGCAGUAACCUCAAGCUUCCAAGCUCAGAGAUACCUGGAGAUCCACGCAAUAAUGUUACAAUAUAUGAGAUAUGGGGAGAAGAAGACUCUGACUGAAUGGAUUUGUGUCAAAGUAGGAGAGAAAAAAGUUUGAAUGGUGACAAACAGUACGCAAACUAAUAAAACUAUUCUGAAGAAAAAGAAUUCCCUCAUGA